AUGGUGUCAAUUCAAGUUUACAUAAGCUCUAGUUCCCAGUUGUCUAAAAAUACAAAAAAUGAAAAAAUUCCUAUAUUUACCUCUAUAGACAAAUCUAUAAACAAACUAUUUGACUUGAAGGAAUACUCUUUGAUUAGAGUAACAAGAGCUGCUGCAACUGAGUCUGGAGGUGCUGUCUUAUUAAAAUUUGAGACUGCUAUGCCUGGAAAUUUAUAUUUAACUGACGACGACGAUAAUGAGCUUUAUACCCCAGAUGAAAAACAAAAAGUUUUAAAUUCUCAAAUUACAAAUAAAUUCAACACAAUUGGAAAACUAGGCGAUAGACCAACGACAACCUUUUUGAAAAAAAAUGUCGCAAGACCAAGAUACAAAUCUGACAUGAGAAUCUAUUUAUUACCAAGAGCUACAACCUCUGCUCUAUACGUUGAAGAAAGAAUGAUGAAAAGAGAUUUAUUAAAAGGUGUUAUAGAUUUAAAUGAUAAUUCCAGAAUUAUUUUAUGUGCCUUUGACUAUAAACCUCUUUUACAAGAAUAUACCAAUUCACGAUUCUCUAAAACAUUAAUAAACCCAAAUAAUCCCACCUUAAUGUUUCCCUCUAGUUUGCUUAAUCAAAAUCAAAAUCAAAAUCCUUAUUCAAUGAAUGGCAUUCCUCCACCUGCUCCCACCCUUCCAAAUCUAACUGAUUAUCCAGUGUUUGAUACCAAUACAAACAUUAACAGUAAUAACAGUCUUAGUAAUAUUGAGAGUCUUAAUGAUAAUCAUACUAACCCUUCUAACAACAAUAGUCCAAUAAAUUCCACAAACAAUUAUCCCUCAAAUUGUACUUCAAUCAGUAAUUUUUCUAAUGAACAAACUAUUCAACCUUAUAACCAAAAUAUUCCAUACUUUAACAAUUUGAGUAUUUUAAAUGGUCCUGCAAAUAGUUACUAUAACCAACAGCAGCCAAGAUAUCCCAAUUAUUCAUCAAACUAUUCAUCAAACUACACACAAAAUUAUUCCCAAAGUUUCCCAUCGAAUUUUUCAUCAAGUUAUACGCCAAACUAUCAAGGCUAUCCAAAUUAUCCAGCAAAUCAAACAUACCAGACUCAAACUUUUGGUCAACUUCCAUCUCCAAUUCCAGUCCCAACUGCAUCCCAACAACCAACAAAUUACCAAUACUUGACGAAUUAUUCGUUAACUCCAAAUCUUUAUUCACAAAAUUACAAUAGUUUUCCAACGAAUAUCAAUGAGUAUAACAAUACCAGUGCUAGCACUAGUAGUAGCACUGCAAGUGGUGAUGCUGCUGCUGCCGCCGCCGCUGCCGCCGCCGCUGCUGCCACAAUUGCUGCUGCUAGCACAAAUCAAAAUAAUAGUAUCAGUUCAGGCACCACCAAUGGAUUUACAAAUUCUAAUAAUAAUUUAGUUCAAUAUAAUGGCACUGUUGCCCCCGAUAAUAAUGAUUUAAAUUAUAACAAUAGCAUUAACAACGGUUUGCUGAAUUUUCGCUAA